UCUGCACCCCCACUCUCAUCAAGGAGAAGUCUCACACCCCUUCCCCCCCCCGCCCCCUCUCUCUCUAGAUUCUCGCCCUUAAUCCCAUCCGCAUUCUCAAACCCAAAACCCCAAUCACACUCCCGCAGUUACUCAAAAAAAAAACGAAGAACAAAUCCCACCCACCAGAUCUGCUCGCCCCAUGAGCCUCCGGCAGCGCCCGCCGCCGGUCCAACCCCAAAACCCCGGUCCAACCCGCCCACCAGAAGAAGACACCCCAUACAACAUCAUCCCCAUCCACAACCUCCUCGCCGACCACCCCUCCCUCCGCUACCCAGAGGUCCGCGCCGCCGCCUCCGCCCUCCGCUCCGUCGGCGAGCUCCGCAAGCCCCCCUUCACCCCAUGGCCCCGCGACGGCGACCUCCUCGACUGGCUCGGCCUCUUCUUCGGCUUCCAGCGCGACAACGUCCGCAACCAGCGCGAGCACCUCGUCCUCCACCUCGCCAACGCCCAGAUGCGCCUCUCCCCUCCCCCCAACAACAUCGACUCCCUCGACCCCUCCGUCCUCCGCCGCUUCCGCCGCAAGCUCCUCGGCAACUACUCCGCCUGGUGCUCCUACCUCGGCCGCAAGUCCAACGUCUGGAUCUCCGACAACAACCGCCGCGAGUCCGACCACCGCCGCGAGCUCCUCUACGUCUCCCUCUACCUCCUCAUCUGGGGCGAAGCAGCCAACCUCCGAUUCGCCCCCGAGUGCAUUUGUUACGUCUUCCAUAACAUGGCCAUGGAGCUCAACAAGAUCCUCGAAGACUACAUCGACGAGAACACUGGCCGGCCCGUCCUCCCUUCCAUUUCCGGCGAGAACGCGUUCUUAAACCGCAUCGUCAAACCGAUUUACGUGACGAUUAAAGCUGAGGUGGAGAACAGUAGGAAUGGGACUGCGCCGCACUCGGCGUGGCGGAAUUAUGAUGACAUAAACGAAUAUUUCUGGAGCAGGAGGUGUUUUUCGAAGCUCAAGUGGCCUUUUGAUUUGGGGUGCAACUUCUUCGUGACGUCGAGGAAGGGAAAGGGCGUGGGGAAGACUGGGUUUGUGGAGCAGAGGUCGUUCUGGAACUUGUUUCGGAGCUUCGAUAAGCUGUGGGUGAUGCUGAUCUUGUUCCUCCAGGCCGCCAUCAUCGUGGCCUGGACGGGGGAGAAGUACCCCUGGAAUGCGCUGGAGAGUCGGGACGUUCAGGUUAGGCUCCUGACCCUGUUCUUUACGUGGAGUGGGAUGAGGUUCCUCCAAUCUUUGCUCGAUGCCGGGAUGCAGUACAGCCUGGUCUCGUGGGAGACAAUGUUUCUCGGGGUCAGGAUGGUGUUGAAGAGCGUGGUUGCAGCCACGUGGAUUGUGGCGUUCGGGGUUUUCUACGCCCAGAUUUGGACGCAGAAAGAGCAUGAUAGGGGGUGGUCUAGCGCUGCCAACAAGAGGGUGGUCAAUUUCUUGGAGCUGGCAUUGGUUUAUGUGCUUCCUGAGAUUCUAGGUCUUGCUCUCUUUAUCUUGCCCUGGAUUAGGAAUUUCCUGGAGAAUACCAAUUGGAGGAUCUUCUACUUGUUGACUUGGUGGUUUCAGAGCCGCCCGUUUGUGGGCCGUGGACUCAGGGAAGGUCUAGUGGACAAUGUGAAGUACUCAUUGUUCUGGAUUCUAGUGCUUGCUACCAAAUUCUGCUUCAGUUACUUCCUCCAGAUCAGGCCCAUGAUUAGUCCAACAAAGGCCCUCUUGAAUCUGAGGGAUGUGACGUACGAUUGGCACCAGUUCUUUGGUCACAGCAACAGGUUUGCGGUCGGCUUGCUGUGGCUCCCCGUGGUCUUGAUUUACUUCAUGGAUUUGCAGAUUUGGUACUCGAUCUAUUCCUCGUUCGUCGGAGCAGCAGUUGGGUUGUUUGCCCAUUUGGGUGAGAUACGGAACAUGGAGCAGUUGAGGUUGAGGUUCCAGUUCUUUGCCAGCGCAAUGCAGUUUAACCUCAUGCCCGAGGAGCUGCUUUUGAAUGCCAGGGGAACCAUUAAGAGCAAGUUCAAGGAUGCCAUCCAUCGGCUGAAGCUGAGGUAUGGUCUCGGUAAACCCUUUAAGAAGCUUGAAUCGAACCAAGUAGAGGCUAACAAGUUUACCUUGGUAUGGAAUGAGAUAAUCACCACGUUCAGAGAGGAAGACAUUAUAAGUGAUCAGGACGUUGAGUUGUUGGAGUUGCCUCAGAAUACGUGGAAGGUUAGUGUUAUCCGCUGGCCUGCUUUACUCCUCUGUAAUGAGCUGCUGCUUGCCCUGAGCCAGGCCAAAGAGUUAGUAGAUGCACCUGAUAAAUGGCUUUGGUACAAAAUAUGCAAGAACGAGUACAGGCGGUGCGCUGUUAUUGAAGCUUAUGACAGUGUCAGGCACCUGUUGCUGGCUAUUAUCAAGCGCGACAGCGAGGAACAUUCCAUUGUCGCGGUUUUGUUUCAAGAAAUCGAUCAGGCGAUUCAUAUUGAGAAGUUCACAAAGACGUUUAAGAUGGUGGUUCUUCCUCGGAUCCAUGAAAAGUUGAUAGCUCUUCUUGGGCUGUUGAUCAAGCCCAAGAAAGACAUUAACAAGUUGGUGAAUGUUGUACAGGCACUCUAUGAGAUUGUCAUUAGAGACUUUUAUAAGGAGAGUAGGAGCAUGGAGCAGCUGAGGGAUGAUGGUUUGGCUUCACGUAGGCCUGUUUCAAGCGAGGGGUUGCUUUUCGAGAAUGUCAUUGAGUUGCCUGAAGAAGAUAACGAGACAUUUUACCGCCAGGCUAGGCGAUUGCAUACCAUUCUUACGUCUCGCGACUCUAUGCACAAUGUCCCCACAAAUCUCGAAGCAAGACGCCGUAUCGCUUUCUUUAGCAACUCCCUCUUUAUGAACAUGCCCCGUGCUCCCCAAGUUGAGAAAAUGAUGGCUUUUAGUGUAUUGACCCCUUACUACAAUGAAGAAGUGAUUUACAGCAAAGAACAGCUUCGAACCGAUAACGAAGAUGGGAUUUCCAUUUUGUAUUACUUGCAGACCAUUUAUGCGGAUGAGUGGAAGAACUUCUUGGAGCGCAUGCGCCGUGAGGGAAUGACGAAUAUCGAAGAGCUAUGGACGACAGAGAAGCUCAGGGAUCUUAGGCUUUGGGCAUCAUACAGAGGCCAGACGCUCUCUCGCACGGUGAGGGGAAUGAUGUAUUACUAUCGUGCUCUUAAAUUGCUGGCUUUCCUUGAUUCUGCAUCAGAGAUGGACAUCAGGGACGGAUCGAGGGAACUUGCUUCAAUGAGGCGAACCGGCAGUAUGGAAAGGUUCGGAUCAGCUAGGGUCGGUAUGGAUGGUUUUGGAUCAGCUAGGUCAUCAUCUAUGAGGAGCUUGAGUAGAGCAGACAGUGUAGUGAGUGUGUUGUUCAAAGGCCAUGAAUAUGGGACUGCUUUAAUGAAAUACACUUACGUUGUUGCUUGCCAAAUAUAUGGGACCCAAAAGGCGAAAAAAGACCCCCAUGCUGAGGAAAUUCUGUAUCUGAUGAAAGACAACGAGGCUCUUCGAGUGGCCUAUGUUGAUGAGGUUUCUUCUGGGAGGGAGGAGAAAGAGUAUUACUCUGUUCUUGUGAAGUACGAUCAGCAGUUGGAGAAGGAAGUGGAGAUCUACAGGGUGCAGUUGCCUGGUCCCUUGAAGCUAGGAGAGGGGAAGCCUGAAAACCAGAACCAUGCCCUUAUCUUCACUCGAGGUGAUGCGGUUCAGACUAUUGACAUGAACCAAGAUAACUAUUUUGAGGAAGCUCUCAAGAUGCGGAAUCUGUUGGAGGAGUACAGGCAGUAUUAUGGUAUCCGGAAGCCCACCAUCUUGGGAGUUAGGGAACAUAUUUUCACUGGCUCUGUCUCCUCACUUGCGUGGUUUAUGUCGGCUCAAGAAAUGAGUUUUGUGACCUUGGGACAGCGUGUGUUGGCAAACCCCUUGAAAGUUCGCAUGCAUUAUGGGCACCCGGAUGUUUUUGAUAGAUUCUGGUUCUUGACUCGCGGAGGGAUAAGCAAAGCUUCCAGAGUGAUUAAUAUCAGCGAGGAUAUUUUUGCCGGUUUUAAUUGCACGUUGCGAGGUGGCAAUGUCACCCACCAUGAAUACAUCCAAGUUGGCAAGGGGAGGGAUGUUGGCUUGAAUCAAAUAGCCAUGUUUGAAGCCAAGGUUUCAAGUGGAAACGGCGAACAAGUCCUGAGUAGAGAUGUUUACAGGUUGGGCCACAGGCUUGACUUCUUCCGGAUGCUGUCCUUUUUCUACACUACCGUGGGUUUCUUUUUCAGCACACAGAUGAUAAUCCUGACGGUUUAUGGCUUCCUGUGGGGCCGGCUUUAUCUAGCUCUCAGUGGCAUUGAGGCUUUUGCAUUGGCUGAAAACAACAACAAUGCACUUGGUGCAAUCUUAAACCAGCAGUUGAUCGUCCAACUAGGUAUAUUCACUGCUCUACCGAUGAUUGUGGAGAAUACUCUUGAGCAAGGAUUCCUUGGAGCCAUCCGGGACUUCAUAACAAUGCAGCUUCAGCUGUCAUCUGUAUUCUAUACCUUCUCAAUGGGAACUCGGGCCCACUACUUUGGUAGAACUAUUCUUCACGGCGGUGCAAAGUAUCGAGCAACUGGGCGUGGUUUUGUGGUGCAGCACAAGAGUUUUGCGGAAAAUUAUCGACUUUAUGCUCGGAGUCAUUUUGUAAAGGCAAUUGAGCUUGGGUUGAUACUCAUAGUGUACGCUUCAUACAGCCCAGUAGCUAAGGACACCUUUGUUUACAUAGCAUUAACCCUCACAAGUUGGUUCUUGGUGGUGUCAUGGAUCAUGGCUCCAUUUGUUUUCAAUCCUUCAGGUUUUGACUGGUUGAAGACGGUUUAUGAUUUUGGCGACUUCAUGGAUUGGAUUUGGAACCGUGGUGGUGUGUUUGCAAAAUCGGAACAGAGCUGGGAACAGUGGUGGUAUGAGGAGCAGGAUCAUCUGAGAACUAGUGGUCUUUGGGGAAAGAUACUGGAAAUAAUCCUAGACCUCCGGUUUUUCUUUUUCCAGUAUGGGAUUAUAUACCAGUUGGAUAUUGCGGCUGAUAGUAAAAGUAUUGCUGUUUACUUGCUCUCUUGGAUCUAUGUGGUCGUGGCUGUCGUCAUCUACGUAAUUAUAGCUUAUGCUCGAGACAAGUACUCUGCGAGAGAACACAUCUACUAUCGGAUGGUUCAGUUUCUUGUUAUUGUUCUUGCCAUUCUUUUGAUCAUCGCCUUGCUGGAGUUCACCCAGUUCACUUUUGUGGAUCUUUUCACAAGUCUUUUGGCAUUCGUUCCUACUGGGUGGGGAUUCCUUUUAAUAGCCCAAGUACUCCGUCCGUUUCUGCAGAAGACCAUGAUUUGGGAGAUUGUUGUUUCUCUGGCUCGGAUGUAUGAGAUCAUGUUUGGAGUAAUUGUUAUGGCUCCUGUGGCAAUAUUAUCGUGGAUGCCUGGGCUCCAGUCAAUGCAGACGAGGAUUCUUUUCAAUGAAGCUUUCACUAGGGGCCUGAAGAUAUUCCAAAUUUUGACAGGGAAAAAAUAAUAAGACUUGUGAGUUGAGAUUUUUAAUUUGUGAGCAACCAAGUUUUAGUGAAAGUGCUGGCAGGGUUGUUUUCCUCUACACUAAUUUUCAACGGUAUAUUAAACCUCCUCUUGAUAUUGAAAGCUACUGCGACGGAUAUUGCAGGUUUGGUGUUGGCGUGAGGCGUAUUGACGGUAUACAAGUUGAGAGACAAUAUUUUAGAGGUUCUUGGGUGUGUGUGAUAGCGGCUGCUGCCUAUCGGUUUCACCUGCAUUUCAUUUGAGUUGGGAGCGACCGAUGUCAACUGGUUUCUCUAUCGCUGGCUUCGUCUUCCCGUACUGUUGUGUAAUUAGUCAAUUUUUCAUAGUUACAAUUCACAUUUAAACUGGGGAACUCGCUGCUUGUUUGUAAUUGCCAUCCCCACAGUUUUUGAAGAGUAUAGCUGCUUUGUCCAUUCUCAGCUCGUAGUUUCAGUAGAGGAUAGCAUUGUUUUGUAGUACGAUUAUGAGAUUCUUUGGGUGUUCUUGCUCACAAAUGCAGCUAUACUUGUUCGUUUGCA